CGGGAAAUGAUGAGAGAAAGAGCUGCAGAGAGAAGCUGAGAGACUUUAAGUCUGAGCAAACUUUUAAAAAACACUUUAUGGAAAAGUAUUAAAUACCGUUAUCAACCGGAAGUUUGUGCGAGUGUUGGAUGUUAACAUGGAGGACGGAGGAGUCGGUGACGGACCGAGCCUCGGAACAGAACCGAGCCUCUGGACGGGUCUCUGGUCACGUCGCUGCCUCUCGGAAGAGGUUUUGGAAAAAAACUGCUGGAUCUCUUUUCCGUGGUUCGGUGAAACACUCCCUGAAGUUUAUCACCACUGUAUCUUCUGGACUCCCAGACUUCCCGGAGUACUUUGCAGCUGCAGUGGUUGAUGAAAAUCUGGUGGGCUCCUGUGACGGCAGCAAAAAGAAAAUUGAUCCAAAACAGGACUGGGUGGAAAAAGUAUUGGAAGAUGAUCCGAACCACUUUGAGUAUUACAGUGCAACAUGUUUUGAGGAGGUGCCAACUUUGUUCAAAGCCACAAUCAAUAGUUUGAAACAGCGCUUCAACCACAGUGGAGGUGUUCACAUUUUACAGAGGAUGAGUGGCUGUGAGUGGGAUGAUGAGACUGGAGAGGUUGUUGGUUUUAAUCAUUUUGGUUAUGAUGGAGAAGAUUUCAUAUCAAUUGACCUGAAGAGAGAGAUAUGGAUCGCUCCAAAACAACAGGCUUUCACCACCAAACUGAAAUGGGAUGCUGACAAAGCUAGAAUGAAAUAUAAUCAGAAUUACCUCACAGUGAUUUUCCCUGAGUGGCUGAAGAAGUAUUUGGCCUAUGGGAGGAGCUCUCUGCUGAGAACAGAGCUUCCCUCAGUGUCUCUCCUCCAGAAGACUCCCUCCUCUCCAGUCAGCUGCCUCGCUACAGGUUUCUACCCUCACAGAGCCUCACUCGUCUGGAGGAAAGAUGGAGAGGAGCUUCAUGAGGAGGUGGACCACGGAGAGAUCCUCCCCAACCACGAUGGAACCUUCCAGAUGAGUGUUCACCUGAACCUUUCAUCAGUCACACCUGAAGACUGGACCAGGUACGACUGUGUGUUUCAGCUCUCUGGUGUGAAGGAGGGAAUCAUCACCAGACUGGAGAAAGAUCGGAUCAGAACCAACUGGGAGGAGCCCAGUGAACACACCAUCCUGAUUAUUGUCAUGGUGGUUCUUAUUGCUGUCGUCCUGAUCGCUGUUAUUGGAUUUAUUGUUUCCAAGAAGAAGAAAGCUCAGUCCAGUACUUCCUCUACCGGUGAACGUGGCUCUGAAGAAGAAAAGAAAGGGAUGAAAGAGGACGAAGCAGGAACCAGCAACUAACUAUAUACAGCUGCCGUCAACAGACUGAAUCCAGAAACACGACUGACAAACACACCGUCCUGCUCACAGAGACGUCAUGAGGAACAACAGAUACAACGACAAGAAAACUAAAGUAUUCACUCCUCUGCAGCUGCUUUAAUUCAGUUUAAAGCACAUUUAAUUUUCUGGUGUUCAAAUCAUAAAUAACAAAAAACAAAACAAACGUUGACUCAGAAUAAUCCAAAUACUUUGUUACUGGUGUUUUGGUAACUUCUUAAUAUAAAAAUGAUGUAUUGUAUAUUUAUUGAAUCUGUGACAGCAGCUUGUGUUGAAAUCACACACAAGUAUGUUAAACCUGGUUUAUGAUGAGGACAAAUCAUUUCUAUGCAAUAUCUUUUUUUAAGAUUUACAAUAUUUUAAGUUACUUCAUGGUGUCUUUUUUCUUCAAACUCUCAGUGCAUCAGUACAAUAUUCUUUUAAAUUUGGCUACAGAAACAUCAGAAUUGGAAAAUUAUUAUUUUGAUUAACUGCAAGAAGCUGAAAGCAAAUUUACAUUUUCUGUUUCUUCUGUGUUGAAUUUCUGUAAAUACUGAAUGCAUGUAAAGUCUGAUUCACUUACACUCCUUCAUUUCUUUUGUACUGAUGUUUAUUUUUUUUUAAUAAAAAGCUCUUUAUGUAAAUACA